AUGUCCAUUGAAACAAGAAACGAAAACCUUGUUAAUCACCCUGAACAUGUAGCACCAGAUAAAGUUGCUCAUGUUACUCAACAAAGUUCAACUGCUCUUGAUGGUGUUGGUGCUAACGAAAUUGGUGCAAACCCAAUCGAUGAAUCCGCCGAAAAACCAUCAACGAUUAAAGAAAGUGUAAGCGAAACUAUUAGCAAGACUAUUGAUGCUGUUAAGGAAACUUUUGGCAACAUUGUAGGCACCAAUAAACCUACGGACGCUGACAAAAAAUCUGAUGAUUCUAAAACAAAUGGCGAAUCUAAAGAUGUAAUAAAAUCAUAA